CGGACCGCCACCGCGAUAGGCUGUCGUACUACGCUCUGGUCCGAGCGCUGAGCUGUAGUCUCUCUGCCAUAAUACCCGACCUUGCAUUGCGUGCCCCGCCACCCCCGCCUCGCCCCCGCGGCCCUGCCCCUGCUUGCGACGGUUUCUUUCCCCCAGGAAUGGCCUAUGCACGCAACCCAUACUCCAAGUCCAGAUAUGACCAGGGCAUUGACGCGAAGAUCGUUAUUAUGGGCAACACAGGUGUUGGCAAGACCAGCCUGUUGCACAGAUAUACCCAGAACAAAUUCGAUCCUAAGAACACGACCUCUACGACGGGUGCAUUUUUCGUGACGAAGAAGGUCUACGUGGAUGGCAUCAAGGUGCGACUGCAGUUGUGGGAUACCGCAGGGCAGGAGAGGUUUCGGAGCAUGGCACCCAUGUAUUACCGGGGUGCAAACGCUGCACUCCUACUGUAUGAUAUCACCAAUGCCUCCAGCUUUGAUGACGUGCGAGGAUGGCUCGAAGAGCUCAAGAAGAAUUGCGAUCCUGACUUGAUAAUCUACAUCGUCGGUGCAAAAGCCGACCUUCAACAUAAACGGCAGGUCACCUCGGACCUCGCCCGUCUCUCCCUGCACACCUGGUUCCCUCCUCCCCGGCCACCCAGUCCACCACCUCCACCACCAUCAUCAACCUUCUCGUACAUUCGACCCCGCUUCACAUCAUUCCCUAGCAUGCGCUCCGCCUCUGCGGUGCCGCAGGCGAAACAGCCACUACCAUCGCCUCCGGAGCUCGAGGACACUAACCCGCGGGCGACUGCCAUGAAACGGUCUCAUACUACUGCGGUGACCCGGCCUCGCGCCAAAAGUGGUAGCCUUCUGAGUUUCCCUAGCGUGGAUCCUAGCAAGGAUGGCGCGAUCCGGUCCCCCGCUUCACGGCUUGAGACACAAUUCGGCUACCGGACCGCAGGCUGGAGUCAAGUAGCGGACGGGAGCAGCAACAGUAUGGACGAGGAAGAGGACGAGACAGAUGAAGCUAGCGAGCAAGAGUGGGGCCUGGACAAGGGAAUGGAACUGUUCGAAGUCUCUGCCAAGGAUGACACUGGUAUCCAAACACUCUUCGACUCCCUCAUGGGCGCCAUCAUAGCCAGAAGGGAUCGCAUCGAAGAAGAAAACGAAGUUAAGAAGAGAGAUAGCGUUUACCUCACCUGCCCUACAACACCGAUGUGGGCAGCCCAGGCCGAGGCCGAGGAGGCGCGCGAGAAGGCGCAACAAACAUCGGGAAGUUCGUGGAGCUGCUGCUCGACAUAACGACCCUGCCUUCGCGUCGCCCUGGUCCUGCCCGUCCUGCCCUGGUCUUCCUGAUAUUGCUCCCCCUCCACACCUCGUCUACACCGGACGUCCGGAAUGCUCAUCUCCCAUCCCUCUCCGCGACGAUUUCUGCCGAAUGUGCUCGCCUCCGCUUACGCGCCUAUCCUCUCAUGACCCCAUGGAUCUCACAUGCCCUCACGUCUUCCCAUCUCUGUUCG